UUAUUGUUAUAUUUAAUAAGGCUCUGGGUCAUUUUCUGAGUGUAGUAUUUUGUACAUCAUUCUAAUCGGUCAGAUCCUUUCGACAACCAUUUGUUUACGUUUUAUUCUGAAGCAGUGCGUUGCGGUGUGUGGAAUGCAUUGGAACAUUUUGCUCUUUAUGGAAAAGUGGUUGGCUCUUAAAAGAGCCGUUGUGGUGAAUCUACCCACUUUUUGUGUGCCACAGAAUUGCCCAAACAGGAGGUGAUUGCUGGACACAAAUUUGAGUUUUGUGUUAAGGAUGAUUAUGCUUUAGGUGAUGUCAAUGUAGUUUCUGGCUAUUAUAUUGAAAACGGGAUUCAUGUCACUCUGCAUGAUGCUUUACAAACAAUGUUUGGCAAGUACAGCACAUGCAUUUUUACGGUCUGUCAAAGUAGUUGUGCCAUCAUUUGUGAUGCUGGUCAGUAUUGUCUGGUGGAUUCGCACUCGCGCAGCUGUAAUGGCAUGGUGUGCAGUGAUGGAACCAGUGUUGUUCUGUGUUUUGGUAGUCUCGAUGAUCUUGCUAAUCACAUUAGCAAUUUGGCUGCAGGGUUUGGUGGAACAGAAAAACUUUUUGAGAUAGCUGGUGUUGUUGUGACUGUUGUGGCUGAUAGAAAACGUCACUUGGAGGUGACUGAUGUUUCCAAAAAGUUUAAAAUGGCUGACAUUUCUAGUACAUGUGCAUCUGAUGUUGAGGUCAUCAGUGUUGUUACCACACAGCAUGCCUUUUGUCCAAUGCUUCAAAAUGACUCCAAAGAUGUGUGCCAACUUUUGAAUAUAGAUUGUGAAGUCAAAACUGUGCCUGUCAAUUUGCGUGUUGGACCCUUGGGAGCUCCCUGUAAAAAGGAGAGCAUUGUUGCUGACGGCAACUGUUUUUUCCGUGCCAUAUCACAAGCGGUGAGUGGCACACAGAAAAAUCACAGGAGAAUUAGACUCCAUGUGGUUAAACAUAUGGAAAAGCACUGUGAAGAUUAUGAGAAGCUUCUCAGGAGUGAGUACAAUUGUUUGACAGAGUAUAUUAGUGUUUCCAAAAUGAAAUAUGUCAAUAGCUGGGCAACAGAGGUGGAAAUUCAGGCUGCAGCGGAUAGUUUAGGAAUAAAUAUCUUUACUUUUUACGGUGGUCAUUGGUUGAGAUAUAGUUCAACGUCAGAAUCCAGUCGUGGGAUUUAUUUGGACAACUCGAGUGGUAAUCACUACGAGUGUGUGACAUGUGUCAAUGAGGGCCUGUUAGGAAGUUGCUUUGGCAUUUGUCGGAGUGGUACACCUGAUAGCAGUCAGCAUGAUACCAGGUCUCACAAGCAUUUGGACAAUCAAGAAAUUUGUGAAGAUAUUGGUUCAAAUGAUGUGAAUAGGGCUGUUGAACCAAUCAAAGAAAAACGCCAGUCCAUGAUUACACUUAUCAAAUCAAAUCAAAUCAACUUUAUUUGUAGAGCACUUUUCCUGCAAGGAGAUGCGACACAAAGUGCUUUCCAGAAUUAAAACAAUUACCACAAUUAAAAAGGAAAACUAUGAAGAAAAAAGAAAGCCCCUCCUUCCUACCCUCCAUACUAGACCCACACACACACACACACACGCAAGCACACAAUCACCCACAUUAGGGAGACAUGGCAUGGUACUGAGGAACAAGGAAACGCCACCUUUGGGGCCGUCCACACUGGGAGAAGCUGCAGGCCGUGCCAUCGGAGGACCAGCACCCGGGCCCUCCGACUCCGUUAGACGGGCGGACCCCCACAUUAAAAGGGAGGAACCCCCCAGCCGGCCGUGUCGAAGGGACCCAAGGAUGGCACCCCCUCAGCAUACCCAAACAGCCCCCAGUGUGGAGGACCCCCCUGAGGAAACACUGGAGUUGGAGCUAAAGACUAAGACCAUAAAAUAGGACUAAAAGAUAAAACAUAACACUGGAGUUAAAAACUGAAGAUUAAGAGCAUAAAAUAGGACUAACAAGAUAAAAACAAAACACUGGAGUUAAAAGGUGAAGAAUAAGAACAUAAAAUAGGACUAAAAGGAUGAAAACAUAAUAAAAGCUUAACAAUAUUAGUUAAAAGCCUGAUUAAAAAGGUGCGUCUUUAAUCUUCUUUUAAAAAUAUCAACAGUCUCCGCAGUCCUGAGGCU